AGAUGGAACGCAGCACCUAUUCAUCGCAUCGAGACAUGUUACGCAGGUGCGAGGCGUUCCGUGGCUGCUCUGCCAAGGGCCACGUCUGCGGCAAGCGAGCCGGUGCCUGUCCCAGCAAAGGGCAAGAGUGGGCUGUGUGCGGCUCCAUCCGUGCAGCCGCCGCAGAAGCCUCACUCGCGACUGAGGCCUCCCAAUACCAUUCAAGAGUCGGACCGCACUUCUCGAGUGCCAAGGCCGGCCUUCGGCAAGGUACCCUGCUUGCCUUCACAGCACGAGUCGCCAGAGCUGGAUCAACAUUAGUCGACUCCGACCCGACCCGGCUGUGA